CUCAUAAGACAAACCCACAAGUGCAUUGCGUACCAGAGGUCGGCAUGGGCUCCGGGUCCUCUGGGUCCCUCAGGAAUACCCGCUACCGAAAUCGAAAAUAGUCAACCGCUCUGGGUCCCUACACUACCGAAACCGCUCUAGAAGCCACAUGUGGGGCCCGAAGGGCCCGCGGAAACGGGCCCGAAACAUGAUUGACUACCUCGUUUCGCUGCUAGUAGUUGCCUCCGCACUCGCUGUAAUCCUUCUAUUGAUGGGUAGGCACAAAGCACCAACAUCUAGGGCUGGCAGGGCCAUAGUGGAGAAGGAAAUUGAGGCUCGCAAACAGUCGCGGAUCACUGACUUGCUGAGCGGAGCUACGCGCCCUAGACCUCACACCAUGGACCCGGGGACAAUUAUGCAUACUGGAGCCUACGGAGCUGACGAACCGGCGACAGCGGCUGGUGAUCACGCUGGCGGGCAAAACGUGACGCAAGGUCUCCCCGGGGGGCUUGCAGUCCCCGGUCCGGCGCCUGACCCCGUCCUGGCCCCUUCCCCUCGCGGCACUUCACCCGCAGCUGCCCCGCCCGCACCGACAACAGCGCAACCGCCGGCUGCUGCACCAGCUCCAACUCUGCCAGGCGUGUCGCCGUCCAACUCGCCCCUCAAGAAGAAGCAGCGACAACGAAAAGCCGCCCCGACUGCUGCCGCCCCGACCGCUGCCGCUCCGACUGCUGCCGCCGCUCCUGCUGCGACAUCCCCGAAGCCAGCUCCGGCCCCGGCAGAGCUCAUCCCUGACGCAGCCGACGCCGCCCUGCCAGAACCGCCGCUUCUCAACCCCGACCCACCACCCACCAACGCAGCCCCCGGCCCGCAGCCUCCACCCCGUCGCCCUCCCGCUCCUGAGAUAGCACCAUCACCGUCACCAGCACAUGUGACGGCUGCUGCUCCCCCACCUCCUCCCCCGCCCCCUCCCGCACCUCCUCUGGCACCUGUGAAGCCGCCAAGGACCCGCCAACCCAAGGCUCCAGUACGUGAGCUACCCCCAGGCUGCCUCCCACGUCCCGAGGUUGAUGGCGAGGACAAGCUGCAGAUUGUCCAGGCUGGUGGUCGCGAGUUCACGAUGUGGGCGUACUGGCCUGGGGGCCAGAAAGCGGUCGCUGCGUGCUGGAUCUGCGAGCACUACAAGGGCGACUAUCCCCACAUCAAGCGCACAUUCUGGGACCGCUCCGCGUUCGUUGGGCAUCAAAAGACCGACAGCCAUCAGUCGGCGUGCCAGCGACGUGCAGAAGACCUUAAGCAGCAAUCUGCGAAUGACGCGCUGAACCUGACCGACUUGGCCGACGAGGCCCUGAUGGCGCUGUUUGGCAACACGUACGUCAUCCACUACUACAGCAUGCCCUUCACUCACGUCACGCCUAUCAACCACCUGAUGCAUUGGCUCAAGGUUCCCAACAUCACCAACCUGUACAACGAUCCGCGCGCUCUGGGGCGCUUCUCUGCAUGCAUGCUGCAAGUGUACCGGGAGCAGCAGGACGCGCGCCUGCGUGACGCCACCUUCAUCGCCGUGCAGAUGGACGAGGCUACCGACAUUGCGGGUGAAUCACAUGCCGCCAUCUGCGUAUCCUACGACGAGCCCAAAACCGGCAGCAUCAACGAUGAGUUUUUCGGCCUCGUCAAGCUGUCGGGAUGGACGGGCAGCAAGCUGUUCAGCGCUCUGUCGGGUGCUUUCUCCCAGCGCAAUGUCGAUCUGGCCGGCAAGCUGUCGUCCUUCUCUGGCGACGGCUGCGCGGCCAUUGCCUCGGAGAAGAAGGGUGUGUUUGGUCACCUGCGGCGUGAGGUCAACAGCGUGUGCUUCGGUGUGCACUGCACAAGCCACCGGUUCGCGCUCGCCCUGAAGGACGUCGCCUCCCACAAGAACACCAGUGCGACACUCAAGAGCGUGCUGAAGGGUGUUGAUGCGUGCAUCCGCGGUGCGCACUCCCUCUUCUCGAAGUCAGCCAAGCGUGUGGAGGAGUUCAAGGCGCUGGCCGCCACCUACGCCGCGCUGGUCAAGAAGCCCAAGAUCUUCGUAACAUCGCGAUGGUCCAGCCGUUACAACUGCAUCCGCGACGCUGUGCCGCAGCUUGGUCUGUUCUUGGACUACGUGGGCAAGAACGUCUCGGGCACCAAACCCGCCACCGCCCAACCUGUCGCCGCCCAACCCGCCACCAACAACAACACCCGGCCGGCCGCGCCGCCCCCUGCCGCCGCCGCCGCCACCACCAUCCGCACCGUCCAGCCCCAGGCCCUGACCACCGCCAUCCCUGUUGUGCACCCUCCGGCGGUUGCUACUGCUGCACACCGCGCGCGCCAGCAGCAUGUGACCAGCCCCGCUGCCUUCAACCUGACCAACCCUGCCGCCCUGCUACAGCUCAUGGCGAACCAGGCUGCUCCGGCGGGGCAGUACGGCCUUGCCCAGCAGCAGCUACUGCAGGAGCAGCUGGUUCGGCAGCAGCUACUGUACCAGCAGCAACAGCUGCUGCUGCAGCAACAACACCAGCACCAGCUGCAACUGUUGCAGCAGCGGGCGGCGCAGCAGCAACACCAGGCGCUACCGCAGCAGCUGCCCAUGCCCCCACCCCCGCCGGCGCCGCGGCCUCCCCCUGCUCCUCCAGUGCCCAAUGGCGACGACAGCGACGAGGACUACGAGCCCAGCGAGGUGCCAAGCGAUGACGACUACAUUAGUGAAGAUGAGUACGAGUCUGAUUAUGACGAGCGGGAUACCGCAGCGGAGGGCAAGAAGUUUAAGGAGGUGUACACCAACACCAUGCAGUACUACACGCUAGCUUUCUUUCAUUUCAUGUGUGACGCGCUUGCGCAAACCGAUGCAGUUUUUAAGUUGAUGCAGGUAGAGCAAUUCAAAUUUAGCGAUGUGCCGCGCACGCUGGAGAGUGUGCGCAUAAGCCUGCAAAAUGCCUUCGUAAAGGUAAACCCGGGGGCCUACUUCACCCCGGCUUUGAAAGCUUUCUUCGUUGCCAUGCGCGAGUCUGGGUUCACUAGUUAUAAAGGCCACAAGCUCACGGAGGUGCCCACAAAUGAAUCUGCUAGCAUAAGUGUUCACAGGCUUUUUGUCGAGUUCGUAGAGCAAUUACUGUCACACGUGUCACGGCGUUUCCCAGAUGCGCCUUUCCUGGCAGCACUUGCAUUGUUUGAUCCAGUAGAGUAUCCAGCAGAUAUAAAAGAAGUUGCCGCAUGGGCAGCGCCGCACUGGGAUGCCAUUACCGAGUAUUUCAAGAAGCACGCGCCAUCGGGGUGGCAGGGUGUCGAUGUCGAUGCGGCGUUUGUGCAGUGGGCUUCACGGGCGGUAGAGUGGAUGCAUGGAAAGCGUGAAAGUGCCAUAAAAAAUCGUGAGAAGUUCAUUAGGUUCUACGUGAAGCAGCGGGAAUUGCUAGCAUCAUUACUGUCGGAAGGCAUUCAGUUUGCGGGAGAUGAGCCCACCGGCGCGGAGGCGGUGGAAGAGUUAAGCAGAUCGAAGUGCGAGCGGCCUAAGCACCACUUAAAUAUUCUACUGCGGGAGAUUCACACCGGGCUGGGCUCCACAUGUGAUGCUUUCAUCAAGCUCAUGAUCUUUUGCACGCUGAUUAAGCCCACGUCUGUCAUGUGUGAGCGGGUGUUCUCCCUGCGCACGGUGGUUAAAACCAACCGCCGUGCACGCCUGUCGCCCAUUCGCCUAGCUGAGUGCCUGUUUCUAAAGUUCAAUACGUCUGGCAAUUUAUUUACGGAGCAAGGUGUGCUGCAGGCUGCCAUGACUCGGUACAAGGCGAAAACCGACAUGCAACUGUACACAGAUACGGCGAGCAAGGUUGAGAACCAGCUGUGCAAGCCACAAUUUAGCCGUGUGCAGCGCAGUGUGGUGUGAUGGAAGCUGGCGUGGCGUUGUGGGAGUGACAAUAGUCUUGGCCGUUGAUGGUAUAGGGCAAGGGAUGCAAAGGAACCCAAUUUGUUACAUUAGCCUUGGCGGGCUGUGGCUGGCUGUGAGAGAGACAGAGUAGCAGUGCAAGACUGCAGCCUCGAGGGAGAGUGGCUCUCCCCCGUGCAGAGAAUCACAUGUAAGCGUUGAUGCCC